AUGGAAGAGAAAGAAAAUUUGAACCUUGAUCUCAUGAUAGUCGUCAUCGACAAUCUCGAAAAGACAUACGCGGAGAUCUCAGAACUGCCUAUGGCAGCCAGUCAUUCGCCGGCUCCCUUCAAGGGAAAGAACGCCGAAGAAUGCUUUGAGAUGCUCAAGAAAAUGAAGGCAGAUACGGGAUCGGAGAUCAAUGUCGAGAAUUUUGCUGUUUUUGACGAGAGAUCUGUGGAAGAUGACACCGUGUUGAUUGUACAAGCUUCUGAAAAGACUGGGGAAAUCGAGACUGUGCGCGGAGCUCUCAGAGAGACGGAUUUGGCACUGGUGAAUUUGUGGGUUGGAAACAUGGAUAUUGAAGAGUUUGCCCUGGACGGAACGACAUGCUAG